GGACGCGAGCAGGAAUAUGACAGGGCGCGCGAAAAGAAAAGCAAAAUCCAGUCAGGGAUCAGAGGCAGGCAGUGGGGAAUCGAAGAAAGCCCGUCCCGAUGAUUCGACUGCCAUACCGUCGUCAGAGGUGGGUGCAGACCUGCGAGAAGAGGUGGCAAAACUGUACAAGCUUCAAAUGCCAGAAGAUCUGUACCAUUUCUGGGACUUCUGCAAGGGGCUCUGCCCAGAAAAUCCCCGGGAUGCACUGAUGGGCACUCUGGGUUUGCGGCUGGUUGGUCCAUUUGACAUUCUGGCAGAGGCUCACAAAAGUUGCCAGAAUCCUCAGCCCAACUUCCACCUACACUGGAGGUACUUCUAUGACCCUCCUGAAUUCCAGACCAUCCUUCAGGGUUGUGGGGAAACCCAACAUCAUAUGGGCUAUUACAGAGACACUCCAGAUGCUCUUCCUUCGUUUGUUGGGGAGAAUGAAGCCAAGAAGGGUUUUUCCAUAGCACAGAUGGGGGACAACUUGUUUGCCGCUGUUUACCUUUACCUAUUAAGGAAGAGGAAAGAGAGACACAGCCGGAAGGCAGAGGGAAAAGCUGUUGAGAGCCUGGAGGCUAAGCUGAAAGGCAGAGCAGAGAUUCUAGGUCUCUCUCUGGAACAAAAGACCAAAGGCAUGAAGCAGAGGGACAAGAAGGUGGUCACCAAGACAUUCCACGGUGCUGGCAUUGUUGUGCCUGUAGACAAGAAUGAUGUGGGAUACAGAGAACUACCAGAAACAGAUGCUGGCCUCAAGAAGAUCUGUAAAUCUAUUGCCGAAGCUCGGAAUGACGAAGAGCGGGUGAAGGCCUUCAGGCCUCUCCAGGAGAUGAUCACUUUUGUCCAGUUUGCCAAUGAUGAAUGUGACUAUGGCAUGGGUUAUGAGCUAGGAAUAGACCUGUUCUGCUAUGGCUCCCAUUACUUCUACAAGGUGAUUAGGCAGCUGCUUCCCAUGGCCUACAGCUUGUUAAAAAGGAAUCUGUUCGGAGAAAUCCUCGAGGCCCACCUUUCCAGCCGUUCCCAUGACACGUUGGACCAACUCUCCCCCCAGUAAAACACUCAGAAAACAGUAGUACUCAUAAGCUUUCCAAACUGGUGCUGUUUUUGUUGUUGAUGGUUUCGGUACCGCUGCCAUUGAUUGGCAGCAGCUGGAUUCUGUCUUGUUUGU